AUGGAUGACGAGAGUUCAACUGUCGACGAGGUCGCCAGUGUGAAGACGCUAACGCCGUUUAUGAAGGCGGUUUGCAUUCUAUUCUACAGUGUCCUUUGUGUGUGUUGCAUUUAUGGAAACGUACUUGUCAUUUUGGUUAUCAUGUACUUCAAGCGUCUGCGAACAGCGACGAAUAUUCUAAUUCUCAACUUGGCCGUUGCGGACCUCUUCAUCGCGGUAUUCUGCAUUCCAUUCUCCUAUUGGCAAGUCCUAAUCUUCGAUGAUCAACGAUGGCUGUUCGGCUCGGUGAUGUGCUCACUCCUCGCAUUCCUUCAAGCGAUGUCAGUGUUUCUGUCGGCGUGGACACUCGUCGCGAUCAGUUUCGAUCGAUGGAUGGCCAUCAUGUUCGUCCUUUCGCCAUCGAUUCGUCUCACAAUGCGAAAAGCCAUCUAUCUGGUAUCAGCCACAUGGGUCUUCAGCAUUCUAAUGGCUCUUCCUUUACUGUUCACAACUCGCUCCUUCUUAGUGGAUGGUGGCAUCGAACACUGCGGAGAGGAUUGGACCUACUUUGGAGAUAGUGGCGUACAGGUCCGAAAAGUGUACUCAUCAAUGGUUGUGAUCCUUCAAUACAUCGUCCCACAAGCGGUGCUAAUCAUCACCUAUACACAUAUUGGAAUGAAGAUGUGGAACAGCAGAGUGCCUGGAAUGCAAAAUGGGGCCACUUCGAAAAUGAUAGUAGAUCGACAUGAAUCGGUCAAAAAGCUCGUCCCAAUGGUUAUUUUAAUUUCCGCGUUAUUCGCACUUUGCUGGCUUCCACUCCUUCUUCUUAUCAAUGUUAUUCAAGAAGUUUAUCCAGAAAUCAAUAGCUACGAAUACAUUUUGUAUCUUUGGUGGUUUGCGCAUGGUCUCGCGAUGCUUCACUCAAUCGUCAAUCCCGUCGUCUAUUACGUGCGAAACGCGAAAUUCCGCGAGGGCUUCAGCUUCUUCUCGUCGAAAUUGAUACCGUGCAUCAAAUUCAAAGAGUUCCACUUUUUGAAUGAUAACAAUAGUCGAAGUUUCCGAAAUCGCUCGCGUUAUUCGGGCGUCGUAAAUCCAGCAUCGAGCGACGAUUCAACUGUAAGCCACACAAUUCGAGAACUGCCUCUUUUCUAUCUGAUCUCUCAUUCGUUUCUAUUCUUCGUGUCGUCAUUUAUAUUCCGCUUCUCGACUAAUCCGAAAAGUGCUGCUCGCGAUUUUUGGUUCCGUUUGCUGGAAGGCGAGGGCGAUUUUGCUCGCAAAUCAACCAUCGGAACACCGCCGCCGCCGACGCUGAUCCUCCAGACGGACACCGACGACACCGGCUUCGGCAAACCCGAUUCGCAUCCUCUGUGGUCGUUCGACGCAAUUCCGACAAAAUUGCCGUCUCGCGGUCUUCCAUCGUAUCACAAAGUGUCAAUUAACGAGAAUCGCUAG